UGAGGUUAAUUUCAAGAGACCUCGGGCUAAAUUCACAACGUGCCAUAACUCUGUAAGUAUCAAAAUUUAACGGUGACAUUAAGGUGGUUCUGUGAAUCUUUCGCCGACCGAUUGUGCAACAUUUCAAGUGACAUUUGAGUACCAGAGGGCAUUUUAUUGACUGGAUUAUCCAAGAUGUCCAGCUCUCCAUUGACCAUGAAGUUGCUGUCUGUUUGCCUCAUUCUUGUGUUGAUGGUGGUGGUCUACUGUUCAGCCAUCCCCAAGCCAGGCGACAAGCGUGUACAUGAAACUAAACUAAGUGACCUUCCACACGAUGACGACAAUGAGCACAAUGAGGAUUAUGAUCAUGAGGCUUUCCUCGGCAAGGACGACGCACAAGAUUUCGACGAUUUGUCACCAGAAGAGAGCAAGGAGCGAUUAGCGAUAAUUGUGGACAAAAUAGACGUAAACAAAGAUGGUAAAGUAACAGAGACAGAGCUUAAGGAAUGGAUUCAGUUUAUCCAGAGACGUUACAUCGUCACAGACACAGAACGCAUGUGGAAGGAGCAUGAUCUUGAAGAAGAUAAACUACAUUGGAAGUCCUACAUGAAGCGAACCUAUGGAUAUGAAGAUAGCCCAGACAGUGUAGAUUCUCCGACCUUCAGCUACAAGGACACCAUUGACCGAGACCACAGACGUUGGGAAGCAGCUGAUACUGACAAAGAUAUGAAAUUAAGCAAAGAUGAAUUUGUUCAUUUUCUUCAUCCUGAAGACUCCGAUCACAUGAGGGAUGUUGUAGUACAGGAAACAAUUGAAGAUAUUGACAAGGACAAAGAUGGAUACAUCAGUUUAGAUGAGUACAUCAGCGAUGUUUACGAUGAAGAUGAUGAGGAUGAUGAACACGAUGAGGCCCCUCAUGAAGGGGAGCCUGAUUGGGUGGUGAGUGAGCGACAACAGUUCGAGAGUCAUCGUGACCAUAACAAAGAUGGAAAAUUAGACAAGGAUGAGGUCCGAGAGUGGAUCAUGCCAGAAGAUUUUGAUCACAGCGGUGCUGAGGCCACACACCUGAUGAACUCAGCUGAUGAAAAUAGGGAUGGCGAUCUUAGCAAAGAUGAGAUUUUAGAACAUUAUGACUUGUUUGUGGGCAGUCAAGCAACAGAUUUUGGUGAGGCUCUAACGCGACAUGACGAGUUUUGAGGCUGGUUCCGAGUUAGAUACUUAGCAUUGUGUGAUUCAAACAGAACUAAACCUGGUGAUGUGUGGAGAAGAUGACCUUGUCCCAUUUCUCAAAAAAAAGAAAAGAAAAAAAAAAGAGAAAAACAACAUGGAAACCGCUUUGAAGUCAUCUUGUGAAAGUGUUUAAUGCCAUGUUUUCACACACUCAGCAUUACUAACAGUAGAGCAUGAAAUGAUUUCAAACUUCAAAAAACUAGAUUUUUGAGAAAUUUAAUCCUUGAAAUGGACUUCUCAGGUCUGUACAUGUAUUAUGAAGUAUUGUGUAGAACAUUAAGAGGUCAUGCUGUCCACAGUAGUGUCCUGUUCCCACCAAGGACACUGGUAUUUCUAUGGCAGAUUCUAUUCCUAGAAUAUUGAGUUGUAGAUGCAGUUAUCUGUUCAUCAAGCGUGGUGUGGAUGUCAUGAAAAAUACACCAAAGGCUUUUCUUAUUGAUUUUUGCUUUGUUAAAAGUAAAAAAAAUAAAGCAAUUUACAUGCGAGUAUACUACUGUGUACCGUUUCAUAUUUAUGUGAAAAAAUAUCAUUUUACAGUAUUGAUUUAUAACUUUAAUAUUGUGUUUGGGUUGAAAUGAUAAUGAUUAGGACAUGUAUUUUUCUGAUCAUUCUGCUGCAUUAUCAAGGAUGUGAAAAAGUAAAUUAUUGUAAGAAACACUUUUUAAUUACAGUUUAUUGAUAAAAUUGUACAUAAUAGUUGAAUGGCCUACAUGUAUUUACUUUGAUGUGGAGGUAUGUGCAAAUCCAGGCAACAAUUAGGCCUAAAAAGUAUUGUUUUUCCAAUUUGAGCUUUCAAAAAAAGAUAUUUUGUCCAAAAAUUCCUAAAGUAAAGAAGAAAAUUGACAUAUCAGAAUAGGACAAAUCAAACUUUUUUGUUUUGUUUUUUUUGUUUCAGUUUUCUUCAAGUGUUAUUUUGAUAUAGAAAGCUUUAUGUAUGUUAUCAUCUAUACUGCUAACUUAAAUGUAAUGAAUUUUAUGUAACUUACAUCCUGAUACUUAUGAUAUAUUGUGUAUACGUUUGGAGAAAAAUUGACUAGAGUUUAUAUAUUUGGUGCUUAUCAAGGGAAGCAACUCCCCUCACUCACAUGGGUUGAAUAUUGAUAUAUUUUCAAACGACACUCGGGUCACCUUACUUAGAUACUGAUACAGAUUCUGAGGAACGUUUGAAUACAAAUUUAUACAGAUUUAUUUCACCAAUUUACACAUAGUCACAAAUGUUUUUUUUUAUUACUCCAUGAUUACAUUGUCGGAGAAAAAGCUUAAGGAGUGAAAAGAAUGUUUGAAUCUUAUGGUGUAUGAAUGGGUUAUUUUUCAAAAUUUUGAGGGCAAUGAAACAUCAUUUUAGUACACUACCCAUUUCUUAGAAAAAUGGUGUGAAAUAAAUAAUUUUCCAAAUUAAUGCAUGAAACAGAUAUAGCUAUGUAAAUUUUGUUUCUGAUCCAAAUAUAGAUAUAUCCCAAACGUAGUGAUUUACCAGAUUUCACAAAUCCACAGUAAUGUUGUUCAGGCUGUGAUACAUUGAUGUUUUUGUUUACAUUAGGCGUUAUUGUGUCAAGUUCUUUUGUUGUGUAGUUCUUGUAGUUGAAUAAAGAAAAUUCAAAAUUCUAAUGCAUAAGCGUGUAUCGGAUAUAAGAAAUGUAAUCGGUCCAAUCUUGAAAGUAAAUCUAAAACCCUCUUUGGUGAUGAAUCAACAUUGAUACUGUAUAUAGCAUGCAUAUGAAGUCUAGACAUUUAGCUGAAGCACAGUAAUUUUUGAGUGAAAUAGAUUUAGGCUAAAUUUUAGUUGUAGUUUUAAUCAUAUAAGUUGUCAAUAAAUUUGUCUGUGUAGCUGUAAUCAUGUAAGCAAUUGAGGAAAUGUAGUGAAAUUGGCAUUAUUUAUUUUCUUAUAAUAAUAUGUAUAUAUAACAAAAAAUUUAUCCUGCUAUCCCAGCUCUGUUGUGUUAGUCCUGUCUGUUAUUGUGUCACUGGACUAACUCAAGUAGAGGCUAACAGGGGUUGGCUUCCAUUUCUGUUAUAAAACAAUGCAUCAUCAAUGUUGUUACUGAUGAAAAAAAAUGUACAUUUUUAUCAAAAGUUAAAUUUUCCAAGAAUUAAUAAAAUUUGACUGUUUUUGCAAAGGAAAUCAUAUAGUAUCUUAUAGGGAAAGUAAGAAAACAGAAUCAUGGAAAUGCUGAUAUCACAUAAUAUGUACAGCCUUUCAAUGUCGGAUCGGGGAAAAAAACACACAUAGAAUUCAUUCCAUUGUAAAAUGUCGACAAAAUGCAAUUUAGAAGGUAGAAUGAAUGUAAGGAAUUAUUUUAUAAUACUUGUGUUAGUUGGUAGGAGAUGUAAAGUAAUCCAAUGUUAGAGGAUUACAUGGAGAGAAACUUAUGAUGGAUGCCUUGGCGGUUGGUAUCCUAACAAUAAGCCAGAGACAUUUAAAUCCAGCUGACAUAGGAGAUACAGAUGUCUUGGUUUAGAAUUUCAAUCCUAAUUGCUUUAACUUCAGCUACUAUGUGUACAUGAUGUAUUUCUUUUUGGUGUAAAGCUUUGUCAUUUUACAUUUUUUAGAUUAACAAAUUUUGAAUAUUUUUUUUCUUUUUUAAAUUCUUGUAAUGUUAGCUAUGCAGCAGCCAAAUAAACUAUCUACAUGGUGCAUUGUACUUAAACCAGAUGAAUUUGUACUCUUCCAGUUCUUCAUCAAAUGUGAUGACAUGCUGCUAAUGAAUUGAUAUAUCUCUGCUAUAAUCAAUAAAAUCAGAUCUCCCAACCACUGAAACACCCAGCCGUUACAAACAUGCAAAUCAUGUUACACUCCAUGUAGAAAAUAUAUGAGCUAACAUUUAUUAUUAAGGCAUUACUGACUAAGAUAUUUAAAAUGACUGUUGGCCCAUUGCCUGUUUUUACAUUAUAUGAAAGUGUUUGACAGAUCUGAUUUUAACUAUCAUCUUUCUCAUUGAUAUUGAAGCAAUCUAUCAGUUGUCAUUGUGAAAUUGGUACCAUAUUUAUUUGGCUGUAAGCCCCAUUCUUUAGUAAUGAGCUCAAACGCUAUUUUAUUUCAUUAUUCUACAGUGAGCCCACUUCUGGGGUUAUUACAAGAUAAAUAUAGCAUGAUAAUUAGACAAUGAAUCUCCUCUGUCUUCCAAAGGAAAUGAGUGCCUCGGUAAACCCUUAUGUGGAGGUCGGUGGAUAGUUUACAAAUGACUUUACCAUUUGUAUUAAAGGGUACAGUGUCCAAAUCAUACCUUAACCGUAGGUAAUAGAUCUUAAUGGCACAAGCUAACUUCCACAUGUUCGUUGAUUUCCCAAGAGAUUUCCGCCAGCAGAAACUUCUUGUAAUGAUUGCAGACUGAUCUAUCAGAGUUACUUCCCUUUGUUUUACUCUUCGGUAGCAAUACAGGAGAUAACUUAAACAAAUUACUGUUAAGAUAGCAUGCGUUCUUACAUAACUACCUAUUUAGGAACCAUUUAUAUGUUAAAUGUUUUAUGUUAAGAGAGUGUUCAAGCUGUUUGGUGUUCGUGCAUGUUCAAAGCUAGACCAAAAUGUUCAUGUGUUUCAGUGCUGCUUCUGUUUCUGUGUUAUGUAGAAUAUAAAUAAAAUACUCCUUUUGUAUUAUAUAAAGACUUGCCAGUUCGAUCAAAGAGGUCCAGAAACAACAAUAUAAUAGAGCUAAUCAAUACUGCUCAUUUUCUGAUGCUCACUUGGUAUGUAUUUGGGUCAAACUUGCCUAAUUACAUCUAAAAGCAUAGCAGUUUAAUUAAAAUUUUGUUAAUCGAGAUUUGUUUUAAUUACCCAGGGAUAUAUUUCAUAUGUCAGAGAACCUCUUUGAUUUUCUAGUCCAUUUAACAAAAUUCAUCAACUUGAAGAUGAAAAAUAAUAUUGAUUGUAUAGAAAAUAAAUUUCCUACAUAAAGAAAAUUUUACUCAUUUCUCGAAACAUCAAAAUAUUUAUAGUUUUUUUCUUUUUGAUAAUUUGUACGUGCAUCUAAUCCUGAUGGCUUUUCUUUAUCUAUUUGUGCUGUUUGCUAAACUAUUUGUUCAUUUAUAUUUUUAAUUGAUUAAAAAUUGUUAAAAAUGUG